AAUGCAAUAUGGAGGUCAAUAAAUAGGAAGUGAAAGAUUUUAAACACUAUUUUGCAAAUAAAGGCCAGUAGAAUCAAUGUCACAUAUUUUAAAACAUUGGAGGGAGGCGGCUACGCUUUUGUUAGUGGCAAAAUCACGCACACCGGUCGUGUCAAAGUUUCAGACAUGCAAUUUUCAAAUGUUAAUGUUGAAAAGAAGUGGUAAGUCUAAGUUUAUGCCCAAACUUCACGUCUUCCCUGGCGGUGUUGCUGAUGCUGCUGACUUUUCUCCAGAAUGGCUCCACCAGUUUGGUAAAUUGGGGGAUGAUUCAGUGGAUUCAAUGAAGUCGUUUCUCAGCCGCGGUGGCCCUGGACCUUACAUGUUUAGCAGAGAGAGACCGAAUGAGUUUUCUGAAGUUCCCAGUGAGUUGGCAUUUCGUAUUUGCGCAAUAAGGGAAACUUUUGAAGAAUCAGGUAUACUUCUAGUUAGAGAUAUUAACAGACUGAGGAAUGAGCCAAUUAAAGAGGGGGAUCAGCCGGUCUCUGGAAAGUCGUCAAUCCUUUCCGAUUCAAUACUAAAACCUUGGAGGGAAAAGGUCGAUGAAGAUGCCUCACAGUUUAUUAUUAUGUGUAAAACACUUGAUAUUGUUCCGGAUGUCUGGUCAUUGUUUGAAUGGUCUAACUGGCUGACACCGUUGCUACCUGGCAAAGGCAGGCGUUAUGAUACAGCAUUUUUCCUCUGUGUGGUCGACUACAUACCUGAGGCAAUACAUUGUAAUAAAGAAACCACAGAGCUUGAGUGGUCUUCAGCCAGUCAGUUCCUGCUCAAGCACCAAGACCAAUCCAAUUCAUUAAAGCUGGCUCCUCCUCAGAUUGUGGAACUGGGAAGAAUUCUUCACUUCACAGAUGUAGAAAAGCUAAAGGCGUUUAGUUGGGAUAGAUCUGCUGUAAGGGUUCAGCAGUACUUUCCGGUGAUAUGCAGAUGUGAUGAUGCCGUUCUAUUUCUUUAUCCAGGGGAUGAUCUCUACCCAGAUAAUCCAGACUUUGAUGGUGAGAGGGAGAUUAUGUCAGUACCUGGUACCAUGGAGCAGUUAAGGAUCAAAUAUCCCAAUAUGAACCGCUCAGAAAUGUUCCAUGCAGACGAUGCCAGCGAGAGAAGGAACUUUGUGUGUAAUAUCAAGAUGAAAGACGGACAACUACCUCCUCUAUUCGAGACUUUUGAUAGUGAUGUUCCUUAGGCUAACCUAUAAAUGUUUAAGCUUAUAAAUUGUUGAAUAAUUUAUGUGAUGCAAGCAAUUGCACGUCUCGCUUUGACAAUACAUGUAUGUAAACAGAUAAUUCGCCAAUAAAUAGAUAAUCUACUGAG